AGAGGCGCUGGCGAACGGCGGGGAGACCAGAGCGCAUGCGUAACACGGCUUGACAGAGCGCGGAGGAAAAAUCCGCGAGAAGGUGGUGGAAGAAGAUGGCGGUGCUGGGGAAGAGUUUGCAAUCUUUCUAAAUAGGCUAGUCGAGUAACUGUUCGGGUCAUGGCGUCAAACUCAACUAAGUCUUUUCUGGCAGAUGCCGGCUAUGGCGAACAGGAGCUGGAUGCUAACUCUGCCCUUAUGGAAUUAGACAAAGAUGCUGUCACUUCACCUAUGUUCCAAAACAUCUGAAUUCUCAGACUGUGGAAGAGACCACAGGUUGCUUUUACUCUGUCCAUAUUGGUACAGAUGUAGUUGGUAUUAUGAUAAACAAAUAUGAAGCCCUGUCUAAGAUCUGGCAAACUUGGUGAACAGUGUGAAGCAGUUGUCCGCUUUCCCAGGCUCUUUCAGAAGUAUCCAUUUCCCAUUCUCAUCAAUUCUGCUUUCCUAAAGUUAGCUGAUGUUUUCAGAGUUGGAAACAAUUUCCUGAGGCUAUGUGUUCUUAAAGUUACGCAACAAAGUGAGAAGCAUUUGGAGAAGAUUCUAAAUGUGGAUGAAUUUGUGAAGAGGAUUUUCUCUGUGAUUCAUAGUAAUGAUCCUGUAGCAAGAGCCAUCACACUCCGGAUGUUGGGAAGUCUGGCAUCAAUAAUUCCUGAGAGGAAGAAUGCUCAUCAUAGUAUUCGUCAGAGUCUGGAUUCACAUGAUAACGUAGAAGUUGAAGCUGCUGUUUUUGCUGCUGCUAACUUCUCUGCACAGUCAAAGGAUUUUGCUGUAGGAAUCUGUAACAAAAUCAGUGAAAUGAUUCAAGGUCUAGCCACGCCAGUCGACUUGAAGCUGAAGUUGAUCCCCAUCCUGCAGCACAUGCACCAUGAUGCAAUAUUGGCAUCCAGUGCUCGUGAGCUCUUACAACAGCUAGUCACAUCCUACCCUUCCAACAAAAUGGUGAUUGUUUCUUUGCACACCUUUACUCUGCUUGCAGCUUCAUCCUUGGUUGAUACGCCUAAGCAGAUUCAACUUCUAUUGCAGUAUUUGAAGAAUGACCCCAGGAAAGCAGUGAAGAGACUUGCUAUUCAAGAUCUGAAAUUACUUGCCAGUAAAACACCACAUACUUGGAGUAGGGAAAACAUUCAGGCACUCUGUGAAUGUGCCCUCCAGACUCCUUAUGACAGCUUGAAACUUGGAAUGUUGUCUGUUCUUUCCACGCUGUCAGGGACCAUCGCCGUCAAACAUUACUUCAGCAUAGCUUCAGGAAAUGUGGGUUCUUCCCCUAGAUCCUCUGAUUUAGUCAAAUUAGCCCAAGAGUGCUGUUACCAUAAUAACAGGGGCAUUGCAGCUCAUGGAGUGAGAGUCCUAACUAAUAUUACUGUCUCUUGUCAAGAAAAAGACCUUUUGGCACUGGAACAAGAUGCUGUCUUUGGCCUGGAAUCCCUUCUGGUACUUUGUAGUGAAGAUGAUAGCCCAGGUGCUCAAGCCACUUUAAAGAUCGCUCUGAAUUGUAUGGUGAAGUUGGCCAAGGGUAGGCCCCAUCUCAGCCAGUCUGUAGUUGAGACCUUGUUGACUCAGUUGCACAGUGCUCAGGACGCUGCCCGGAUCCUGAUGUGCCACUGCCUGGCCGCCAUUGCCAUGCAGCUGCCUGUGUUGGGCGAUGGAAUGCUCGGUGACCUCAUGGAGCUCUACAAGGUGAUCGGACGAUCAGCGACAGACAAGCAACAAGAACUUCUGGUGAGCUUGGCCACUGUGAUUUUUGUAGCCAGUCAGAAAGCACUGUCUCCUGAAGUAAAGGCAGUAAUUAAGCAGCAGCUUGAAAGCGUCUCCAAUGGAUGGACUGUAUACCGAAUUGCCAGACAGGCAUCCCGAAUGGGUAAUCACGACAUGGCCAGAGAGCUUUAUCAGAGUUUGCUGACUCAGGUUGCCUCAGAACAUUUCUACUUCUGGCUGAAUAGUUUGAAAGAGUUCUCACGUGCAGAACAGUGUCUCACUGGGUUGCAAGAGGAGAAUUAUAGUUCAGCACUUUCUUGCAUUGCUGAGUCUUUAAAAUUCUACCACAAAGGGAUUGCUUCCUUAACAGCUGCCAGUACACCACUGAAUCCUUUAAGUUUUCAGUGUGAAUUUGUAAAGCUCAGGAUUGACCUUCUCCAAGCCUUCUCUCAACUUAUCUGUACUUGUAGUAGCCUCAAGACAAGCCCACCACCUGCAAUUGCCACAACAAUUGCCAUGACCUUAGGGAAUGACCUCCAGCGGUGCGGUCGCAUCUCCAAUCAGAUGAAACUGUCCAUGGAAGAAUUCCGAAGCCUUGCUUCCCGAUAUGGGGAUCUUUAUCAGGCAUCUUUUGAUGCUGAUUCCGCAACUUUGAGGAAUGUAGAACUACAGCAGCAGAGCUGUUUACUGAUAUCUCACGCAAUAGAAGCCCUGAUUUUGGAUCCAGAAUCAGCAAGUUUCCAGGAAUAUGGAUCUACAGGAGCAGCCCAUGCUGAUAGUGAAUAUGAGAGAAGAAUGAUGUCUGUAUAUAAUCAUGUCUUGGAGGAGGUGGAAUCACUCAAUCGGAAAUAUACCCCUGUUUCUUAUAUGCAUACAGCAUGUCUCUGCAAUGCCAUCAUUUCUUUGCUGAAAGUUCCUCUUUCAUUUCAGAGAUAUUUUUUCCAGAAACUGCAGUCUACCAGCAUCAAGCUUGCCCUGUCACCAUCCCCCCGGAACCCUGCUGAACCCAUUGCUGUCCAGAAUAACCAGCAACUGGCGCUGAAGGUAGAGGGAGUGGUUCAGCACGGAUCUAAACCAGGACUCUUCCGCAAAAUUCAGUCUGUCUGUCUGAAUGUUUCUUCCACACUGCAGAGUAAAUCUGGACAAGACUACAAGAUACCCAUUGACAAUAUGACCAAUGAGAUGGAGCAGAGGGUUGAGCCUCAUAAUGAUUACUUCAGUACUCAAUUCCUGUUGAACUUCGCUAUCCUUGGCACACACAACAUUACAGUGGAAUCUUCCGUGAAAGACGCCAACGGCAUCGUAUGGAAGACUGGUCCCAGAACCACCAUAUUUGUAAAAUCCCUGGAAGACCCUUAUUCGCAGCAGAUUCGCCUGCAGCAGCAGCAAGUCCAGCAGCCGUUACAACAGCAGCAGCAGCGAAAUGCCUACACGCGGUUUUAGCCGUGCAACAGAGGCACUACAGACUUUCCAGGAACUGAGCAAAUUAGCGAAAAUAGUUUGCUUUUUCAUAUGGAUAAAGGUACAAAAGUUAGAAUAUGGAGUCCGUUUAUUCAUUGGUUUCUGUGAUAGAACAUUCUGAAAAAAAAUUUUUCUUAAAAAUUUACUUGGAGAAAUCAUUGGGUUCCUAACUAGAAAGAUUUUUUUCCCCUUAUUUCUUCUUAAACCAAGUCCUUCAUCUCCUAUUCAGCACUUUCAUUGUUUUGCUAUUAUUACUUUUAUUUUUGCUGAGCCUUCUCUUUUUCUUUCAGGAAAAGUCACAUAUUGGGAUCAUUGAAUUAGUAAAUUUGACUGCUUUCCUACCAAAAUAUAUCACUUGCUGCCUGACAUAGACCUCUAAUUCUGAGCUGGGCCUUUGGAAGUUCUGACCAGUAUGUGCCGGGUUUACCCAGGGUAGUAGAAACUGAGUACUCCCGUAGUUGGACUUGAAAGUGUCCCCUGAAACCUCCAGUGUUGUGGAUUAUGAGAGCCUGCAGUCUAGCAGAAAGGAAACAUCCUGCCGUAUUAUUUCAACCGUUUACCUAUCUAUUCUCUGCUAAAGCAAUCGUAAUUUAUUGUUUUAGUAUUUAAUUGACCCAAAAGCAACUAACAAUUACAUAGAAAGAUUGGAAAUUAAUAAUUUGUUUUUUCUAAUAUAUGUGCAAUUUUAUGUCAUACAGACUUUUUUUAUUGUUUCUAAGAAUGAAAAAAAUCACAUUUAAUGUUAGGAGGGCAGAUCUUUUCCUUUGAUUGGUUUAGAUUCUUCUUGGCAAGUUAGGUAAUGCUAAACUUGAUUGUCUAGAAACAGCAGUCUCUUUAUAAUACACCCUCAGUUAGUUGGAAUGCUCAGGGAAUAGAAGUUUUCUCGUUAGCCAGAAAACCCCCUUUUUCUCUAUGUCAAUACUGGUUGAAAACCAUUAUAAAAUAUAAUAAUAAUACACUUUCUUAACACAGUAUACUACAUGUAAUUUGACUGUUCUUUCUUGAUUUGGGAUUGUUCAGUGCUUCGGGGUCAUGAUUUCUAGACAUCAGGGAUCACAGGAUUGCAGACACUGCUCCCAAGGUGAAGCGCAGGGCACAUUCCUUGGAAGUUUCCUUUUAAAAUAAAUCUCUCAAUUGCUUUGCUCGUUUUGCCGUUUUCUCUUUAAAGUCGACAUUGGCUCAAAGGAGGGAUAGAGUUUAAAGGGAAAAAAAUGAGUUUGGGGGAUUUGUGUGUGUGUGUAAUGUGGCCUCUAGGGGUGAAAGAGAUUGGCAGGCAACUCGUGUCCCUCUAAGAUCUCUUGGCUUCAUGAGCUAUUGUCCCAGCACAGCACUUCUUCUGCCAGUGGCCAGGGCAUUGUCAUAAAACGUGUGUAAAUCUACAGUGUCCACUGUGGUUGAUGUCCAGAUGUACGCAGUACAUGAUGUGCACAGGCAUGACAACAUCUGGGAACAUAAGCCUUAGGAAGAAUUGCUAGAGAGUAGUGGGGGACGUGUGCAGGACCUCUUGCCCUUCUACCAGGUGUGGAAAGAGCUGACCGGAAAGCCUAGGUUCCACUGUAGGCUCCAAAGAGUUAGCCCUGUGACCUGGGCAAGUGUCAUCAUCUCUGUAGAUGGAAGUUUCUUUGUCUGUAAAAUGACUGGAUUAGACAGGACCUCUUGACUCCAGUCUAGAGUUUUGUUAUCUGAAAGACUAAAGACAAAAAAAAAAAAGUUCUUUCUUAAAUUGAAAAAAUCUUUUUUCUUUUCUUUUCUUUUAAAGUGGCUAUUUUCAGAAUGAAAUUUUACAAUGUUAAUUUUAGGUUUCUGGUGCUGUUUCAAGGCAGAAUUGUCUGAAAAGAAGCAAAUUUUGUAAACCACCAAUUCCCCCAGUUCACUUUGAGACCUUCCCGUAUUUUAUGUUCUUAAAAGAUAGGCUUUUGAUAGCUGUAGUUAUAAACUGAUUGAUUUGGUAUAUUAUAGAGCCCCUGGCACAAAUUGGAAAGGAAUUAUUAAAAUAAAAACAAAUCCAAACAGUUUGGAGUGAAAAGUAACUCUGCGAAGCAAAAAAGGCUAUUUUAUUUUAGGAUGUCCAUUAGAUCUGGAAUUAGGACACUGAUUUUAUUUUUGGUAUAAUAUCUACUGCAUUUUUGGCAUCGACUGUUAAACAGUUAUUUGAGGUGGGGGGAAACUGUGUUUAUAAUUUCAACAGUACACUCAUGAAUGAAAAGGAAAAGAAUACUCAAGGAAAGAUGCAGAAAAGAAAGAUAAACAUACUGAUUAUGAAGUGAACAUGUUCCCUGAUUUUAGAAAUAUGAGUAAUAAGGGCACUGGCUGAUUGAUUUAAGAAGACAGGACUGAUUUUUCCCAGUAUUUAGUGACUUUGCAGUAUAACCUGGUGGCUAAAAGCCCAACCUUUGGAGCCACUCUGUCCAGUUCCAAACCCUAACUCUACCUAACUUUGUGGCCUUGGAUGAGCUACUUAAUCUCUCUAUGCCUCAGUUUCCUUAUUCCCCAGAUCAGGAAGCAUAAUAGUGCUCCAUGGGUUAGGUGUGAGGAUUAAGCAAGUUAAUACAGAAUUGAUAUAUAUAAAGCAGUUAGAAUGUGCCUCGCACAUAGUAAGCAGAUACACAUGAGUGUUUGCUGUUAUUAUUACCGCUAUUACUAUCCUCCCUAGUAUUCUUUUUCACAGUGUUAGAUCAAUUCUUUUUUUUUAACAAGUUAUUUUAUUUUAUUUUAUUUUAUUUUUUUGGCUGUGUUGGGUCUUUGUUGCUGUGUGCGGGCUUUCUCUAGUUGCAGCGAGCGGGGGCUGCUCUUCGUUGUGGUGUGUGGGCUUCUCAUUGCAGUGGCUUCUCUUGUUGCAGAGCAUGGGCCCUAGAGCAUGCGGGCUUCAGUAGUGGCAGCAUGUGGGCUCAGUAGUUGCAGCUCACAUGCUCUAGAGCGCAGGCUCAGUAGUUGUGGCGCACGGGCUUAGUUGCUCCGCGGCAUUUGGGAUCUUCCCAGACCAGGGAUCGAACCCAUGUCCCCUGCAUUGGCAGGCGGAUUCUUAACCAUUGCAUGACCAGGGAAGUCCAUAGAUCAGUUCUUAACCUUAGCAUUUUAUUUAUUCAAAAUAAAAGUUACCUUUUCUCUGCUAGUCAACACACAUUUAAGCUAUCUUCCCUCAUAUUCAUUUUGGGUACCUUGAUUAAGAACAAAAUAGCUUAAUGUUGACCUAAACAAAAUGGAAUUUCUGUCUACUGCAGUGCUGAAAUCCUAUUUAAUUAAAAUAUUUAAAGAAAAACGUACAAAGAAAAUUAUGAAAAUACUUUCCAAAAGUACUGAUUACCUUCAGUAGUAACGGCCAUAGUAUAUUGACUAUUUAGAAACUAAAGUACUAUUGUAGUCCAACUUAAACUAAGAGAUCUUGUGAUGUGGCUUUCCGGCUCAAACCCACCAAGGUAGCAGGUAAUUUGCAACUGAAGGCUGUCAGUCACUUUUCACAUUGAAAUAUGAUUCAGAGAAGAACAAAACAGCCAAACAAGAUCUUCAGUCUAGGGUCCCAGAGAUGUCAGUUUAAGUUCUAUUUAUACGACUCACUUGCCAUGGAUCCUUGGAUAGGUCACUUGAUCUUUUUGUGCCAAUACAUGCCAGCAGUAUACUGAGAAUAAGAUGACCCUGCCAUCUGGUAUACAGAGUAUAUGCAGAGCUGUCUGACAGAACUUUCUGAGAUGAUGGAAAUGUUCUAAGUCUGUACUAUCCAAUAUAGCCACUAGCCACAUAGAGCUGUUGAGUAUGUAAAGUAAGCCUAGAGUAACUGAAUCGUUUAUUACUUUUAAUUCAGUUAAACUUAAAUAGCCUCAUGUGGCUACUGCCUGUAGAACUGGACAGUGCAAGAGUAAUAAGUGAAGAAAUGAGAUUCACUACUACCUUAGGACCUAGAUAGUCCUUAAGUAGGUUUCUAGAUAAGGUGUCUACAUUGGAGUUAUUUGAUGCACCAAAGCUUUCACGUGGAAGAGUGUGGAUGACAAGGAAGGUAUCGGGGGUUCGUGUGUUUGCUUUGCUUCAGAUAAUACAGUACUGUGUUGCUCAACCACCUAGCCCUGUUCUCUCUAUAAUGUGCCCUUGGAUUUAGGUUUUAUCAGUCACCAACAGUGAAAGUAUGAUGGGAGUACUGAGAAGUCCCAAAGUCUGGUGAAUUGGCUUAGAUUUCCUGCCAACAGCACUCCAGGAGGCUGUGGUCUUCCUUUCCAUUUCUUGCCCAGGAACACAAAGACCUUUCCAUGGGCUGUGUAUUUUAUUGGCUUAACUGGCAUUAGUCCACUAUCCUGUGGUGCCUCCCAGUCUACUCACUCUAUGAGCAAUUUGAUGUUUAAUUGUAACAGAUUUAAACAGUGUAAGUCAUGUUUUUUUUCUUAAAUAACAUACCAAGAUCUGGAGUCAUUGAUUUUCACAGUAUAAUGAAGAAUGCGAAAUGUAAAUUUACUUAUUUCAAAUCUACUACAGUUACAAAAUAUCUUUUCAGUCUAUAUCUUUUCCCUUAUCCUCCUGCUUACUUGCUAAUCUCUCCCAGAGCAGUUCUCUCCUGCACAGUCCAGUUUGUUGUGCAAUAAUUGCGUUCUUUGCUUAUUAUUUAGGUCUAGUUAAAGAUUGAGACUUGGUGAAAUGAGUUUGGGGAUUGUCUUCUUCAUAGAUCAUGACUACGGGUCUAGCUUUUGUCUAGUGAUACUUAGCUGGCAAACUGAGACUAAAAAUCUUUUUAUUGUUGUUUCCAGAUAAUUUUUUCUUAAUAAAAUUAUAAAUGUGAGAUAAUACCAAAUGAAUCAGAACAAUCAGGAAAAUGAACAUCUACCCAGUACCCUCAAAAUUCAGAUCGUAAGCAGAGAAGAAAUACUUUCUACCUUUUGGUUUUCUCGGGAGAUUUCGUUUGUGGAUUUUGAUGAAGCUUAUUUGUGGCUUAUUUGUAUUUUAAAGAAAGAAAUUUAAAACAGAAGACUGUGACAAGUAAAAUAGAACUGAGUUAGACUGAGGAAUUAUGAGAAGAUACCAGUGUUUGCUUUUCCUGUUUCCUAAGAUCAUGGAAAGUGAAAGUAGGCCAGGCUGCCUCAAUUUCUACCACUCCCACCCCCAGCUCCCCCAUUGGAAGCAGUGAGGCUAAAGAUGCUUUCUGUUUAUGUGUCGUCUCACACUUAAGAGAUGAGCAAAGUGAUGGCGACUUGUUAACACUUGUGUCCCCCAUCCUUGCUUUCCCCUCCCACCUAGCAAAGGCAGCCGGUCCUGUGAUUAGGAGGGUUAGUUCUGAAAUCCCCCCAGCCCCUUCUCCCACUUGACAGGAGAGGCAGAUGAAAAGGCUACUGUAGAAGUGCAAGUUGGGGAGAGGGGCUUUCCUGACAAUGCCGGGCCCUGAACUGGGGUGAGAAAUGCAAAAGGAAACUGACAGGGAGACCCCUCAAGCAACUUGCCGUCUCAUUUGACAGAAAAGACCUAUUUUUAGAGAAUGUGGAGAGGGCUUUAUAAAAGCUGUUGACAGAGCACAAAAGAUGCCAUUUCUGAAAUUCUAGUAGCACCCCCCUUAUAUGUAACAGGACAGGCUCUUAGGUAAUUAGAAAACUGGCCGUCAUGUGGCAUUUUCUCCUUUUCCAGCACUUCAAAUGCAGUGUCCUUUCCUCCUCAGAGAGCCUCUUUUUGACAUAAGCAGAGACAGUUGGGUAGCUACUACUUGGAAGCCAGAGAGGAACAAAAGAGCAUUUGGAAAAAAGGUACACUCCUAAAGUGUGAAGUCAGUAUUUAGCCUUGAGGGGAUAGGAGCUUACACUCAGAAUUAAAUAUUGUCUCCUGUUGCAGAAACUACUGCUUCUGGCCAGGCCGUUGGAGGACACGAACCCCUCAAUGUCACGUUUCAAGGUAUCAGGGCAUUAGGGAGAAAUGACUGUAAUCACAGAAUCACUUAAGCAAGAUCAUAUCUGUCCUACUUAGUGGUUACAGUGUCCCCCGGGAUGCUCAAGAGAGUAUUAGCCCUGCCUAGAGUUGUCUCUCUCAGGGAGUAAGCACGUCUGGAAUCUCCUUGAGGGCCCUUGGUGCAGGAGGGGGCCCACGCGUCUCCCCCAAGCACCGCCUCCCCCUGCCUCUCUCCCCUGCAUGCUGACCAGGUUAGCUGAUGGAAAGCACUUUUCCUUCAUCCUAAGCACCAAGGUAACUCAACUGACAUCACAGGGCACUGUAGCUCAGUCAGCAUUUGUCCAUUCGUCUGAGCAGGCGUUUGUGAGCUCAGAUUUCUCAGAUCUGUGCAAAAGGCACAGCCAACAAGGACACAAACAAUUUUGGAAACAGGUGAUCUUUUAUUCUUCACCAAAUGUUGAUUGAACACGUACAGGGUACCAGGAACUGGGAAUACAGUCAUAGACAAGUUCCCUGGGUUCACGGCCAUGCCACUGCUUGUUUUUGCACAGGCUGUGGGAAACCCGCCCUGGCCUUGAUUAUGCCAGGGCGGCCUUAGCUUCCUUGGUAGUUGAUCAUUUUCUCCAGUGAAAGUGGAGAGGAAUGUGUUUAGACGGGACCAUCCAGAUCAGAGUCGCUGCUGUUUCCUGUGUGGCCUUUGGAAAAGCUCUCUCAGCCUGAAAGUCUGCUCCUUUGGAAUCUAACCAUCUUCCCAGUUCACUAAACCUUUCCUUACAUCCCAGCUAAACCCCUCACGGCAGUCUUAACCUCCUGCUUCAAUUCUGUGUUUGAGGGUAUAGAAAGCUCCCCAGAGCCUUGGUCAUAGGGAAAUAGCUUUAGGCAGAAUGCAGCCUCCCCUGACCCCAGCUACACCACAUUGAAAAACCCAUCUGCCCCUCCAGACCCAGCAGAAACCCUGGCCCUGAUUACUCCAACCAGACAUGGUGCUCCGUCUCCCUCUAUGACCAGUAUCAAAUCCAGUCUCGUGUAUGUUCUGCUGCCUGACUCUUGGGGUUGACAUGAAUGUGGACAAAUGGUGGCUAAAAUUACCAUGUCCUGUUAAUGGGAACAAACACCUGUGUCCACUGUCCCACACCCCACGUCAGCCCCCUGGCUGUUCUCCGAGUCUCUAUUUACUCUCAUAAAAUCUCUGUGAGCCUUGGCUUCUUCGUCUGUGAAAUGGGGCUAAUACCUGCCUGUUGAAGAGUUGUGAGGAUUAAAGGUAAUAAUACAUGCACAAAGCCGGCUACUGGCGGGCCCACCAAACGUUGCUUGCCUUCCGUGUCAGUGGUGGAGUGGCCAGCGUGGCCUGGUGGCCCAGAGAACCCUGGGGAAAGAAACGUCAGCUUCCUAAAACAGUAAUGUUUCAGAUCAUCUCUGCCUUAAUGAUGAUGUCCCAGGUUUGAGGACUUCAAGGGACAAAAAUUGACAGCUGAGAGGAGGGGGGUGGUGAAGAGGUUAUGUUUUCUCUCGCCUCCUAAGUGUGUCUCUGUGUGUGUAUGAGAUAUGUGUCUAGGCAGGGAGAAGAGCUGGCCUACUUUGGAGGAUGGGGGACUGUCCUUCACAGUGUUGCCUCCUUCCUGUUGCCACUACCGUCACCCUAGUUCACAGCCUCAUUAUAUCUUCCUGGAAUAUCACUUUCACUUCCUGUUUUUCCUGCUGCUAGUGUCUGCCUCCUCUGAGUAAUCCUUAUUCCCACUGCUUCCCAGUUCACUCAUCUGGUCCAAAAUCAUAAUUCCCAUUGGGUUCCCUAUACAGCCUGAAUUCUUCAGUAUAUCAUUUAAAACCCUCCACAGUGAGACUCCAGCGUGGCAGCCAGGCCUCACCUCUCACCCCAUCUCUGUGUGUAUCCCAGCCUGUAAUAAAACUAGCUUCCUGGGCAUCCCACGAGCUUGGUUUGCACACUCUCACCAUCGUGACUUUGUUCAUAUUUUCCCACCACCUGAAAACUCUUUUCCAUCACUGAAACCCUUGUCGAUCCCUCCGUGUUCUGAUUCUCCAGCCAAGCCCAGGGUUCCUCCAUGACCUGUAUCAUGUUCAAUCUUGUGUGGAGCAGUUAGCCUGCCUGGCCCUCGGAGUCAGCAUAAAGGUGGACAUGUAGUGGCUAAUGUGACCAUGUCCCGCUGAUGAGAAAAAACGGCUCCCUCCGCCGUCCCACCCCUCGUGACUAUUCUCCAGCCCCCAGCCCUGGUUCACAUCCCUGUGUGGAGCAGUCCCAGCUGGUCUGCCUACUGACUCAGUGUUCACCUACUAUUUCUGAGCUGCAAGCAGUGUCAAGGCAGGAGCACACACCACUGCCAUUGUGGGGGGCCUGGAGUGCAGCUCAGGUUCUGAUCUGAGGUCUGAGGCAGUAGGGAGGGAACCAGAGCCUAGACUUGCAAGAAAGUAAAAAUUUAAAUAAAAGGCCUGUUCAUCCGUUUUUUGUUUUGUUAUGUUUUUUCCAGCCGCGCAGCUUAGAGGAUCUUAGUUUCCCAGGGAUGGAACCCAGGACCCCGGCAGUGAAAGCCCAGAAUCCUAACCACUGGACUGCCAGGGAAUUCCCGUUAUCUGUCUUUUUCUUUAGAGUCACCUUCACAUUCCUCCUGCACCAGCCUUCUCUUGAUCAGAAUGUGGACUAUGUUGUUGCUUUGGGUGAUUUGGGUUUCACUGUUGCCAGCCAGCUUUUUUGGGGGCACCUUCCUCCCUCCUUCCCUUUCUCUCUCCCUGCCUUUCUUUUUCAAGGACUGAUUGAGCACCUGUUAUAUGCAAACACUGCAGCAGGUAGAGUCCCUGCUCUCUGGAAGCUUUGGUUGGUGGUUGUCAUGUGUGUCAGCUUGAUCCAUGUUUGUCCACAGUGCCAAGGUGCUGGGGUGCCAGUCGCACUCAGGUGAGACUUGAGCAGUCCACUCCAUUGUCCUUCUCAUGGACUGAGCUCGUGUAUAAAGAGCUGCCUGAAAGACCCUGUGGGAGGUGGAGUGGGCAACGUAAGAUGCCAAGGAAGACAAAGGCAAGGAGAGGAAGGCAGAGGUGGCUUUGGAUUCUCACCACUCCAAUCCAGAGCCAGGCGCAAAUCAGACUCAGAGAGGGCCACGCUGAUGCUUUCACUCCUCUGCGGGUCACCUGUUAGAUUGCCGGCCAGCUCAUGUUUUCCCCCCACCCCCCACCCCUCAUCUGCUUUCCUUUAUACUUCUACCCUGCGAGCUUUGGACCACAGACUCCCUUUGGAUGGCUGGACCUGUGACAGGUAACCUUGGGAGUCAUCCAAGACCAUGUUUUUUGCUAUACAUACAAACAGUAAAAAAGGACAGCCCAGCUGAGUUCCUGUCCAAGGUUCCCUGAGCUGCCCUUACGUCCUUAUAAUGCAGUGAAAUAUUCAUCUUUCUGCUUUUCUUUUGGACAUUCCCCAGUUUGUGAUCUUUCCCUAGUCAGAGACAUCCACAGUGCCCUAAGGAGAAGUGGAGGGUUAAAGCAAUACGCAAAGACAAAACAACCCAAUGUUCAGUCUUUUUAACAUCCAAAAUAAGACAUUGAGAGUAAAAAGGGAUAGCGUUUUGGCUAUAAAAACAGAAGAGAAAGAACAGUGAGAUAACCAUGGCUGCCGCUUUAGACGUGUUGACAUUCUCAUUGUUUCCUGAACCCCAGUGCAUCUCACACCUCUGCACCCUUGUGGCACUUGGCAUUCAGUGUGCGAUGCUUCUUCUCCCCCAUGGUUCUGCUUAGCAAGCUCAGUCCAUCUCUGUAGAUUUACCCAGGUUGAAAGUCCUCCUCUCCAAGAAACUUUCCCUGAAAGCCCACACAGAGUUGGGUGCUACCCUAGCUUUCUGGUCUACUCUCUGCUUAUGUGUAUCUCCCUGUGUACGUAGCUAUCUCGCCUUCUGUCUAAACUGUGAACAUCCAACGGGAGGAUUGGGAGUUCAUCUUUGCAUGCCUGCUGUCCAGCAUGGUGCCUGGAACAUAGUAGGCAGUCAUUUGAGUUGAAUUACUUAAUGCAGAAUUCAGUUUCUAAUGACCUAGCCUUAAUAGAGUUAACUGGUCCUAGGAGCCUAGCCACUGAGAACUAACUGUAAACUCAAGAGCUAUUGCAUAACUAAUGCUGGAUAUUUCUGGUCCUCAACUCAAUAACUCAACUACUUAGGUGACCCUACUACAAAGGACCCAGCACUCAGGCAGCCUAAUAAUUCUGCAGCCAAUGUUGCAGAGGUGCCCUUCCUAAACUAGUGGCCUAGCCCUGACCCUACAGCCUCCGAGUAGGAGUCAGAACUGGGCUGGACUCCUUUGUGACCAAGGUGAAGCUUUGUCAUCCCUGUCUCUGGUCUUCAGUUUCUCUGUCCGUCGUGUGGUUGUGGUCCUAAUUAGAAAGCUCUUAGAGGAUCCUGAAAGGACUCUUAUUGCACAGCUGCUCAAAGGGUAUUAUGUCACCGUGGUAUAAGAGCACGGCAAAUAAUAUGAACUAGGAAUAAUAAGGGCACUUAUUCCCAGAAGCACAUUGGUUUAAACCACAAAAGCUCCUUGGCACAGGGCUUGAGGAUUGUAAAACCUGAGCAAUCAACAACCCCUGGGAGAGGGGAGCCCAUGCCAGCCUACCGCUGGAGAGUUCAUUUGAUCGUGGUGGGUGGGCCGGUGUUUUCCCUCAGGUGUUCUCACUUCGGUGAAAUUUCCCUGCUGGAGUGAGCCCAGCCCAUUUGCUGGGUUCUCGGGCAUAGUGGCCAUUGCUUCCGCAUCCCUUCUGCAUAAAAGAAGCAAAGAACUGGCCUUAGCAAAUCUCAGUUCUUUUCAUUCUCUGUAGGAUGAAGACAGGUCUCUAGAUAAUGGAAAUUUCAUGGCCACUUUUGCUUCUAAAAUCUAUAUAGCUGAAAAGUCAUCUGGGCCACACCUUGACCCGCCGUUGCUACCUCUGGUCAGAAACUUGGGAAAACCAGCCAGAUGCACUGUGUCUAUGAAAAACAAAGUCACCAUAACAACCUGGUCAUCCUGGAGUGGAAAACGAUGUUUAAACAUGGCUCUGACAGGAAGAAGGGCAGAAUCUACAAAGCAAAAUAAUGGUGGCUCCUGGAAGAGACAGGCACAUGUGCUAGUGGCUCCAGUUUCUACCCAGGAACCUUGAUGGUUGAAAGUGGGCUUGAGAACCUGCUUGCCAUGUUUGCAUAGGACUUUAUCUGAACUGGGAAAACAUCAGCUAUUCAUAAGAAAGAAGGAGGUGAAUGUGUGUGGGCAUGGGGUGCUGGUGGAGGUGAAGAGGGGGUGGCUAAAGCCCUCAACCCUGCUCUGGAAAUCAGCAUUAGGCAUGGGUAAAGCUUCAUCCUAUAUAUACAUGAAAGAAGCAUUUAAACAUGCAACGAGAGUCAGGGAACUUGGCCUCUGGGACCAGCUUUGCCACAAACGGACUAGGGCAAGUUGUUUUCUAAUGUAGGCUGUAGUCAGGGCUCUGCUGGCUGCCCAUGGCUCUCCAGGAGGUUCUGAGGACAGAUGUAGGACAGGUGUGAUGUGUAGGACAACCAAAUAAACCUUGUCAAGCCAACGUCAAGUAAAGGCCACUGCUCACCUGGUUUACCUGGUCAGGUCACCUGACCUUGAUUUCAUUGGCCUGGCAGAAUCCACCCAGUCCAAAUACCCAGAGGAGUUAUACACCUGGGGAAUGUAUGUAGACGACAAAAGGAAGAGGUGCGAAACACUAAAUCUGUGUGGCUGAAAGAAAACUGCAUUGUUUAAUCAUAAAUUUACCCAGCCAACCAUGGAUGUGAUAUGAUAGGACAUGACAUGACAUAUGAUAUGGGAUGAUAGAUGAUAUAAUGAUAUGAUGUGUUGGCUUCCAAUUUCCUUCUGACCAGAAACCUGGAAAAGCCCCUUAAUCAAGCAUGACUGAGAGAUGGGUAGAGAGGGAUAGGAUUAUACAUGGAAAAAGAACAGAGGUCGGGGUCACCCCAAAGUGUCUGGCAUCCCAAAUCUGCCACUUACCAUUGUGCAAUUCAAGGCACAUUGCUGGAGAUCACUGGGUCUCAAUUCUUUCAUUUGUAAAUUGGAGAAAACACCACUACCUCAUAGAGGUGUUGUGAGGAUUAAAUGUCAACACAGAUAUAAAGUAUGUAGGAAGUAUUAGAUGCCCAGUACCAGCAGCUACUUGCUUGAUUCUUGUUUGUAAUACAUCCUUCUUCCUCUUGCACGUUCCAGUUCUCUCAGUCCUCUCCUGCUGUCCAUGUCUCACGUCAAACUGGGCAGGAGUGUUCUUUUAAAAAUUUAAGGUGCCUAAAUAAGUAUGGAGAAAAUUCCACUGUUAGACAGUUGUCCCAACUCUUGGACAGAGUCCCAACAGAGGCCUAAGUCACCAUCCCCAGCCUUUGCCUGCAGUGAUGGGACAGUGGUACAUGGCCACAGGGCCCCAGUUGAGGGAGGAGUCGAGCAAAGCCAGAGGGGUUGGCUGGAGAUAAGCAAGGGUCAGCUGCCUGAAUUAGGGAUAACUCCUCAUGUUGCUUCCAAGCCUGAGAUACCAUGAUUCUUAAAUCUUUCUCUGUCUACUUCAUUAAUCCAUGUAGACCAGCUGACUCAACCAGGGUCGCAUAUUGAGCAAUGGCCAGGCUGGGGUUAAUAGCUCUGGUCUUUGAGCCAUUAUCACAGAACUGGCAGAGACCUUGAACCCAUCCCAGUGGAAAUUUCAGGGCUGUUCAUGGAGCAUUCGAUGGGCCAACAGCAUACCAUGUUGAUUUUUUAAAUAUUCCCUGAUAAUUUUCACAUCAAAUAGUUUCUGCUAUGUUAAUUCAUUUUUUUAAAUAUUUUUUUUGGCAUCUGUGGGCAACACAGAGUGUCCAUUAAGUUCUCAUUGAAGGUAUUUAUUUCCUUCUCUAAUGACAUUUCCUAACUGGAAAUCAGUAGGGGGAGGCUCUGGGCAGGACGUCCUGGCUUUCGCCUUAGCUGGAUGCCAGUCUGUGUUAAAUCUCCAGGCCACCUGCCAGACAGUCUUGUGAUUGAACUGGAGAGUAGGAAAUAGUGUAAAAGUGAAGCAGGCAGAGGCCACAGGCAAGAGUAGCUUGAGACAGCAAAUAACACAAUGGUAAGAUGAGCAGGAACAGGAUCAGAUCUUCCCAUGAACACAUGGAGGUGUGGAAAGAUGAGCAACCAGAGGGGAGCAGCACCAUGGAGACAGGAGGACUGGGUGUGGGCUUGAAGCAAAGAAAGGAAGUGGGGAGCUCCUUAGGGUUCACCCAAUGACAUUUGUCUUAGGGUUAAGUUAUGGAAGCAGAACCACUAUGAGUCUUAUGGAAUAAGGAAUUUAUUAAUACUAUAAGAAUUAGAUCAUACACAAUUGUGGGAGGAGCUGGGCAAGUAAAGAACUGAAAGUUCUUUCUUUCUUCUGAAAGUUCGGUGAAGGAUCACCGAAAAGUCAUUCACCAGCCAUGGUGCGGGUGAACAAAGCAGAGCUUACAAGGAAGAGCAAGGCAGGGCUGGCUGCUGGACUGGGGCCACCAAGGGGCUGGGGUGCAAUCUUUGGAAGGACGUGGCUCUUUGUAGCUACUGCCUCUGUGAGUUUGCAGCAAAGCAUCUCAUGGUAUAUGGGGGCGUCACUGUUGGUCAGCAGGGCCGGCAGUCACACUGGAGCGGGGAAGAGCAGGGACACACACGAGCCUGGCUGCCUCUUGGUGUGUCCCUCACCAGCUCCAGCCAACAGUGGCCUUCAGAGCGUGAUGGCUGCUGUUUCACCGCCACCACCCACAUGCAACUUCCCUUUUGGCCAACUUCUCACAGAGAAGGGGGUGCUGGGAAAUAUUACACCAGAACCUUCCAACGCUGAUCUAGGAAAGACAAGAGCACACUCAGCUCACCGAUACACAGAGCCUCACAUUUUUGAAGUUUCAAAAAGUGUAUGGUAGAGAGGAAAGCUGUCAGAGUAUUUCUGUUCAUCAAGACUCUGGGUUGCAAGUGACAGAAAUUCUAAAACUGGCUUAAGUGAAAAAGAGGCUUUGAGGCUUUGCGGGGUGGAAAUAUUGGGGUAGCUCAAAGAAUCCAAAGAAUUCUUUGGAUUAAGAAUUAAUCAGAGGGGGACUUCCCUGCUGGCGCGGUGGCUAAGAAUCCGCCUACCAAUGCAGGGGUCACGGGUUCGAGCCCUGGUCCGGAAACAUCCCACAUGCCGUGGAGCAACUAAGCCCAUGCGCCACAGCUACCAAGCCUGCGCUCUAGAGCCCGUGAGCCACAACUACUGAGCCCGUGUGCCACAACUACUGAAGCCCGUACGCCUAGAGCCCAUGCUCCACAACAAGAGAAGCCACCGCAAUGAGAAGCCCACGCACCGCAACGAAGAGUAGCCCCCUCUCGCCACAACUAGAGAAAGCCCGCGUGCAGCAACGAAGACCCAACGCAGCCAAAAAUAAAUAAAUAAA